UCUUCAUCGAUCUCCAAGCCGCCCCCGUUGAACGAAAAGAGGAAAUCACAGAGAUGUCGGAGCAACUCCCCCAAGAUCUUCAGAUUGACAUCCUGGUAAGACUACCCGUGAAAUCACUUUUACGAUUCCAAUGUGUUUCCAAAUCGUGGGAAUCUUUAAUCCGUAGCUCUGGUUUUAUUUCCAUGCACACCAAGCACAAUGAGAGCACCGACAAUUAUGCUCACUUACUUCGCGGGUGCUUAUAUCGGACUGGCAAUGAGGAGGAGAUAGAGUGCUUCAGUAGUAAGUUACACCAGUUCGAUAAUUCCUUCCGUGAGUUUCAAAAAAUUGAAUUUCCAUCUCAGACUAGAGAAGGAUUUCUUGACGAAGUCCUUGACUGUAAGGGAUUACUACUUUUGACCACUUAUUUACCAUCCGUAUGGACCGUAUUGAAUGGUCAUCGUUUCCAACGCUUUAUUCUAUGGAACCCUGCAGCUAGACUGACUAUGACUCUCCCUACGCCUUGCAUUGAUAUACCCAACAGCAACUACUUCUACUACUACUACAACUGUACUCACGGGUUCGGUUUUGACGAUAAAAGCAAUGAUUACAAGGUGCUGAGAAUCGUGUAUGGACAUAAUGGUAGAACGAUGGCGGAACUGUUUAAACUCCGUACAGGCGCUUGGGAGACUAUUAGUGUCAUCGACGACUUUCACUAUGUUGUAGUAUGUGGCGCUUCGCAGGCUUUCGUAAAUGGAGCUACCCAUUGGGUUGGAUAUCAUUCGAAGUUUGAAAACGAAUUGGUGGUCCUGUUGUUUCAUAUGUCUGAGGAGGAAUUCCGAGUGAUGAAACUUCCAGAUGUUCUAACUAGAACAGAUUUCAAUUCUAUUUCUCUUGUGGUAUCUGAUGGGUUGCUCUCUGUGAUACAGAAGCAUAAUCCAAGAGACCAUGACGAUUUGAGUGGGCCAGGUUAUAGUUGUUGCAUUUGGUUGAUGAAAGAAUAUGGCGUAAUAGAGUCAUGGAGUAAACAAUGCACUAUUGAUUUAAGGGAUCGUGGAGGGUUGUGGGAGGCAAUCAGUUUUAGGAACAAAAGAGUUCUCCUUCUAAGUGAGAGCAGCAGUGAAAAGCUGGUCUUAUAUGAUCCCAAGACCAAUAGAUUCCUUAAUCUUGGAAUUAGAAAUGUGGGCACUAGUUUGCUUAUUAUGAAUACAUAUGUUCAAAGUCUAGUGCUACUCAAUCAAGUAAAUGUUGUGCGAGAGUGCUAGACUUCUUCAAGGAGAAAAGAUGCGGCUCACACAGAAUGGCUCGAAAAGGCUUGGACAUUUGCUACUCUUUAGAACCCCUUGCGAUUAUUAUGAUCUUUCAGCUGGGUGAGAAUGACACUAUAUUGAUUUAAAACAGUUUUUCUCAGGUAUGUCAAUGGACAGUUGUAUUUGUUGUUUGUUCUUUUUCAAUAAAUCGUGACUUAUUCAAUUAUCUCUAUCAAACGUUAAUUAGGUAAUAACUUAUCAUUGUGUUGUUGCUUAGUGCU